AUGGAGAAAGACGACCUCCCGCAGUACACUCCAAUUGAUGAGCAUGCAGUCUCACGAGAUACGCGGCGGCGCCGUCUGAGACUCGUCAGAUUAGUUGCUGUAGCACUCAUUGCAUACACCCUGUAUCUAUGCUCGAUCAACUCAUCUCAUCUUGAGCGCCGCAAAACUCAAAUCUUAUCAACAGACAAGCUGCGGACCGAUCAUGCCAUUUGCACAAAGCUACGAGCGGCUCCAGAGUCCGCGAAGGGCAGAAGGGAGCGCAAUGCUCGCUACGUUGAUGGCCAUGGACCUGUCCUUAUCCGUAAUGCCACAGUAUGGACCGGAGAGCCGAGCCCUGGAACAUCAUCAGAAGAGGCUCAUUUCGGAAAGGGCUACUCUUGGAUUCACGCAGACGUCCUUAUGGAGCACGGCCUGAUCAAGCGUGUAGAGGCAGGCAUCUCCAGUUCAGAUCUGCCAGACAACUGCACGAUAUACAACGCAGAUGGCCGCCAACUGACCACCGGAAUCGUGGACAUGCAUUCACAUUCGACCGUGGACCCUCUGCCUGAUCUACGAGGCUGGUCGGACGACAACGAACUGUCAGACGAUAUAACACCAUACGUUCGCUCGCUAGAUGCCAUAAACCCGCUGGAUCACCAGUUGCAGGUCAUCAAGUCCGGCGGUGUCACGACCUCUCUCAUCCUGCCAGGCUCGGGCAACAACAUGGGUGGCGAGGCCUACGUGAUCAAGCAUGCCGUAGGCAAACACGAUGGUCGCUCUGAGAUCAGCGCUCAAGACAUGCUCGCGGAUCCUGACAAGACUUGGCGAUACAUGAAAAUGGCCUGCGGAGAGAAUGCAAAAGCUGUCUAUGGCCGUGUCGGUCGUGACUUCGGACCAUUCUCACGCAUGGGAGAAGCGUGGUACUUCCGGCAUGCUUUCGAGCAAGCAUCUGCCCUUGUGCAGGCACAGGAUGACUGGUGUGGCGCGGCGGACAAAGUGGGAGCAGAGAACAUGGAAACCUAUCUACCUCAAGACCUGCAGUGGGAGAGCUUAGGCGCUUUGCUGAGGGAUCAAGUUCUGCUCAAUGUGCACUGCUAUACCAUUCCGGACCUUGAAGCUUUUGUCCGGCACACGAACGAGUUCAAAUUCAAAGUACAGGCUUUCCACCAUGCGCACCAGACGUACCUUAUUCCAGAGAUCUUAAAGCGGGCAUAUGGUGGCAUCCCGCCUGCUGCAGCGCUGUUCGCAGAUAACAUGUACUACAAAGCUGAAGCCUACAUCGCUUCUGAGCAAGCUGGAAAGAUUCUGUGGGAGAACGGCAUCACGCCGGUCUAUGUCAGCGAUAACCCAGUGCUGAAUGCUCAGCAUGUGGUGUUCGAGGCUGCGAAGGCGUACAAGAAUGGACUGCCGUACCACGUCGCGCUGGCUGGGGUGACGAGUGCUUCAGCUGAGCUGCUUGGUCUCGGAGAUCGAAUUGGGAAGAUCAAGCCUGGGUACGAUGCAGAUGUCGUUGUCUGGGACUCUGACCCGUUGAGCGUGGGUGCUGCCCCAGUUCAAGUUUGGAUAGAUGGAACACCGCAGUUUGAAGAUCCAGUGGAGUUGAACAAACCACGGAGCAAGCCAUUGCAGGAGUUGGGUGUCGAGGAUCCGGCUAUGUCCCAAGCUGCUACUUCUGGCGCUCAACUUCAUGGCUCGAAGUCGGACGGUACGCUUGCGAGAUCAGACGAGAAGGACAUCGUCUUCACCGGUAUUUCCAAGAUCAUGAUACAGGGCCAUGAACAAAUCUUCGACCAGGGCAACGCCACUCUUGUCUUGAAAUCAGGAAAGGUGAUUUGUACCGGUGACUGCACGGAAGAGCUGUCAGCCGCUGAAGCUCAAGGUAUCAAAAAGGUUGUUCUACACAACGGACACAUCGCACCACCACUAACAGCAUUCGGCUCCUCCCUUGGCCUCGAAGAGAUCACAGCUGAGCCCAGCACGACAGAUGGCGACAAUACAGACUCAACGAUCAGCCGAGCAGUUGAUGGGCUGACAUUCGACACCAAGAACCUCGAUGCCGCAUACUCGCAUGGCGUCACUCGAGCAAUCACUCCACCCACAUUUUGGUACGGAGGUCACAAGGGCAUCAGCGCUGGCUUUCUAACCGGUGCUGCGCACGCUCUUGAAGAGAGAGCUGUGUGGCAGGACGAAGUAGCGCUGCACUAUACGCUGACGAAGACGGAGAAGGCGCCUGCGCUGUCUGCAGCCGUAGGUCAGCUCAAGACGAAGCUGCUCAAAGCAAUCAAGUCGAAUGCUACAGACGUCUCAGGAGAAUAUUUAUGGCUCCCCCGGGUAGUCGCAGGAGAAAUGCCCCUCGCCAUCACCGUCCACAGCGCCGACCUCAUCGCCUCCCUCCUCCGCGUCAAAGCCGAAGUCGAGGCAGCCACUGACCACACCCUCCGUCUCAUCAUCAUAGGCGGCGCAGAAUCCCACCUCCUCGCCCCCUCUCUCGCCGCGACCAACACCUCCGUGCUCCUUGCCCCCUUCCUCGCCUUCUCCGAAACCUGGGACCAGCGGCGCUCCCUCACCGGCGCGCCCUUGACCAACGGCACCGCCAUCGACGUCCUGCAUUCUGCCGGCGUGAAAGUAGCGAUCGGCACGACAGAAGAUUGGCAGACGAGGGAUUUGUAUUUGGCGGCGGGGAUUGCGUUUGCGAAUGGGAAUGGGAGGAUCAGUGAGAGUGAGGCGUUGGGGUUCGUGAGUGGGAAUGUCUAUGAGAUGUUGGGGGUGCAGGGGCCGAGGGGGUGGGAGGAGUUUGUGGUGUGUGAGGGGAGUCCGUUGGGGAUUGAGGGGAGGGUGAGGGCGGUGGUUGAUGGGAGGGGGUGGGUUAGUGUGUGGUCGUAG